AUGGCGACUUUAGGACAAAACAACAACAACAUUCCCCAAGGCGACCAAGUCGACCCAGCACAGGCCCAAGGAGCCCAAAUCCCCCUCCAAACCUUUUCACUCCCGAAAUUUCCACCACAAGCCGGCGGUCUCAGAGCCUUGACCCUAACCUCCGACAUCAAACUCGACGACUACCAAACCCUGCUCUCGGAAUCCUUUGUGAUACCUCCAUUGCCCCCAAAUAUCGAGUCUUUGACUCUUGAAUUGUUUACUUUGGGAUAUCCCGUGGGUUGGUUGAGUCAAUUGGCUGAUCGUCUGCCUAAUCUCAAGAGUUUGGUUAUCUAUAGUCAGUUGUUUGGGGGUGUUUCUGUAGAGUCGCAGGAUGAUGGUGUGGAGUUUUUCAAAAAGUUGCCUGGGUUGCGAGCGCUGCAUCUUUUGGAUGUGUUUGCACAGCCAAAGUUCUUCGAGAGCAUUGGACCGUAUGUGACUUACUCGUCCGACGAGGAGACUGCGCGACGAGGCUUGAUGUUCUUGGAGAUCAACUACACGGUUCAGCAUUCCGAUCCAGAGUUCUUGGGCAAGAUUCAAGCCGCCGAGUUGAGCAACUUGAUUGGACCUGGACUGGUUACACUAGCCUUCAACGUCAGCGAAGCAGAUGUCACCGACGACCCCGAAGAUCCAACAAACAACACCGACACAUCCGCCGAAGAAGCAGGAAAAGACGGCGUGGUGGCACUGAACAGGACUCUCGGCUCUACCCUCGUCAAAGCCCUGACAGACGAAACAACACGACCCCGUGGCCUGCGCGUGCUAAACUCGACACUCUUCACCCUGACACCGAAUCAAUUGCGAACCAUCCUCGAGCAGCAAAAAGCCUUGAUGGUCCUAAACGCAACCCUCGAAGUCGACAACCACGAAACCUUCAAGAAGGAAUUGCUCUCCAUCCUGCCGGCGCAGGAAUACCUCGAACAAGUCGAGAUUGUCGCAAACCCAAGCUUGCAAUUCUUCCUUGCUGUUCGUAAUCCCAAGCACAAAGCUUUCGAAAACACAUUCCCCUCGCAAUCCGAAAUUGGAGCUCUAGGCGAGAAAUGCAAACGCCUUGCAAGCUUCAAAGCCGACAUAUUGCGCUCGAGCGCCAUGCAAACAAUCGAAUGGGGAAAAAAGGACGACAAGUGGUCGGGUGGUGUCAAGGCAGCAAAGACGGAGUUGAAGAUAUCGGACAUGGAGUAG